AUGUCUGAUGAUACGAGUGUACGCGUUGCCGUACGAAUAAGGCCUCAAGUAGCACGUGAAGUAAUUGACAUGUGUAGAAUUUGUACUCAAGUACCUCUUGGAGAACCCCAAGUCUUUCUUGGACCUGACAAGGCCUUUACAUAUGAUUAUGUUUUUGAUACUGGUAUAGGACAAAGCACAAUUUAUGAAACAUGUGUUGCUCGUUUAGUAGAAGGUGCAUUAGAUGGAUAUAAUGCAACUGUCCUUGCAUAUGGACAAACUGGCUCUGGAAAAACAUAUACUAUGGGUACUGGAUUUGAUGUAGAAGUUGAUGAAACUAUAGUUGGAAUUAUUCCAAGAGCUAUUAAACAUUUAUUCGAUGGUAUCAUAGAAAAACAACAUAAUGCUAGAGAGCGUGCACAAAUGCCUCCAGAAUUUAAGGUUACUGCACAAUUUUUAGAGUUAUAUAAUGAGGAUUUGAAAGAUUUAUUAGGACCUGGUGGACCUAGAGGUGGUGCUCGUAUUCAUGAAGAUCCCUCAGGCAAUAUUCAUUUAGCUGGAGUGGAACCACGAAUUGUUACUAGUCCAGAAGAAGCAUUAGAGUAUUUAAGAUUAGGAGCGUUAUCACGUACAACUGGAUCAACCCAAAUGAAUACCCAAUCAUCAAGAUCACAUGCAAUAUUUACCCUGUAUAUAAAACAACAAAGAUAUAUAAAAAUUGAAGAUCCUGAUGCUGAUGUUGAUACAAGUGGUUCUGAACCUACCAGUGAAUUUGAAACUUUAACUGCAAAAUUUCAUUUUGUAGAUUUAGCUGGAUCAGAAAGACUGAAAAGAACUGGUGCUACAGGAGAUAGAGCAAAAGAGGGGAUAUCCAUAAAUUGUGGAUUGUUGGCAUUAGGUAAUGUAAUUUCUGCUCUUGGUGAUAAAACAAAAAGAGCUUUACAUGUACCAUAUAGAGAUUCAAAACUGACUAGAUUACUUCAAGAUUCACUAGGAGGUAAUAGUCAAACAGUUAUGAUAGCAUGUGUUUCACCAAGUGAUAGAGAUUUUAUGGAAACUUUGAGUACUCUGAAAUAUGCAAACAGAGCAAGAAAUAUAAAGAAUAAAGUUACAAUUAAUCAGGAUAAGAGUUCAAGAACAAUUGCUUCUCUCAGAAGAGAAAUACAACAGCUUCAAUUAGAAUUAAUGGAAUAUAGACAAGGUAAAAGAGUUGUCGGAGAAGAUGGUAUAAAUGAUGCUUGGCAUGAAAAUCAAAUGUUAAAUAGUGAAUUACAAAGCCUUCGUACUAGAGUUAAAGCUCUUUCAGAAACAGUUGAAGCAUUGACAGCAAAAAAUGUUCUUCUACAAGCAGAAAAAGCUGCUGGUCAAUGGGUAUCAUCAACUGGUGAAAAUCCUGAAGUGACAAGUUUAAUACAAGGAUAUUUGCAAGAAAUAGAAGAGUUAAGAGCUCGUCUUUUGGAAGCUGAAGCUAUGUAUCAACAACUGAAGAAACGACAAAUACAGGUUAAUGCAGCAAAUCCUUAUGGUGAUUCGGGAUAUAUAUUUCAUAGUGAUUCUACAUCAAUAUUAAAUGAUGCUAAAAAAGAAUUACAAAAAGAAAUUGAAACAUUAACUGCAUUGAAAGAACAACAUGCACAUACUAUUAAUAUUGCUGGUAAAACAGGGGAUGAAGCAGAAGGUGAUGAUAUAGAAAUGACUCAGGAUUCUGUUAGUGAAGAUGAUUCUGAUGAUGAUUCUGAUAGAAAAGAAGAAGAUGAAGAAGAGGCAGCUAUGGGUCGGGAAUUGGAAGCCUUAACAUCAGAUAUUGACGUAAAACAACGAUUAAUACAAGAACUUGAACUUUCUCAACGACGUUUACAAACUAUGAAACAACAUUAUGAAGAUAAACUUGCUCAAUUACAAGCUCGAAUCAGAGAUACUCAGGAAGAAAGAGAUAAGGUAUUACAAUCAUUACAGCAGCAACCAACACCACCAACAGAAAAAGUAAAAAAAUUACGUGAUGAAUAUGAAAAGAAACUUUCUGCUAUGCAAAAAGAAGUACGACUUUUGCAAUCUGCAAAGAAAGAACAUGCGAGAUUACUCAAAAGUCAAUCUCAAAAUGAAAACAGAUUAAGAGGUCUUCGAAAUGAAUUAGCCGAAAUGAAACGAGCAAAAGUAAAACUUUUGAAUAAAAUGCGUGAAGAAGCACAGAAACAUAAAGAAAAUGAAUUGAGACGUAAUAGAGAAAUAGCACAAUUACGUAAAGAAAGCAGAAAGAAUGCAAAUAUGAUUCGGACACUUGAAGCUGAUAAAAGAAUGAAAGAAGUAGUACUUAGACGUAAACAAGAAGAAGUAUCUGCAUUAAGAAAGCGAGACAGAGGGCUAAGUCAAAAAGCAGCGGGUAGAGCACCACCUAAAUUAAUCAAUCCAAAAGCAUUAAAACAAAGAUGGCAAACAUUUGAAAGAACUAUUGCCAAGCAAGCAUUAGCUAAACAAGCAGCAGCAGAAACAGAGAGAGAAAUGGAAAGACUUCUACAAGAACGAGAAGAAUUAGGCAGAGAACUUGAAAAGCUUCAAAAACAUAGAAAUACUAUUGCAAAUUCAAGAGGAGAUACAACCGAUAUAGACGAAGAAAUUGAUAAUGUGAAGAGUAAAAUUAGUUACUUACAGGAUAGUAUUUCCGAAUGUCAACGCGAUAUGAUGGAAAUGGGAGAUGCAGAAGGUGAAGGAGAACCUGGUGUUGAAGCUCUUAUAUCAACAAUUCAGUCAGUAGAUGAAGCUCAAUAUUUAUUACAAAGAAUGUUAGCAUUUACUGUUGAGCAAAGUUGCGUAGCUGCUCAAAAGCAGCUUGAAGUUCGGGAUAUGGAAUCAAGAUUAAAUCAAGUUGCACAAGAAAGUGAUGUGCAACAUCAAUUAUUAGAACAUGUGUUACGAGAUAGAGAUCUUUUAUCUCUUACGAAUAAUCAUCAUAACACAAUGAAUUAUAGUCCUCCUAGUUCACGGAGUUCAUCACCAGAUAAUGAAAAUUACAGUCAAGUUAUAAUUGGAGAGGAAAAACAGCGCAAUAAUAAAGUUCGACGAAGAACUACACAACCUCAAGAACUUCUUUAUGGAGUACAAGCUAAUCCAGAUAAUUUAAGAACUGAAGAACAAAGUCAAAGUCAUAACCAUCCACUUACAAGAGUACCUAGUGCGCCUGGUAGUUUAAAAGGAUUGGUCUUAACUAGAAGUCAUGGUAACAUAACUGGUGGAUCUCCAACUUUAAGUCGACGUGAUAGUACAUCACCAAGACCGUUGCGACGACCACUUCAUCCUGGUGGAGGCUCUAUGGAACAGGUAGCACAUACAGAUGUGUCAUCACCUCCUGGAUCUCCAACUACAUACCGACGAUUCAAUAGUCGAGAAGAAAACGUUUUCUCCAGAUUGACUGCAAGUCGACAACCAACAUCAACAGAUCCACAACCUAUAAAAGGAAUUAUUUCUCAAUAUCAAGGCAAGACACAACCACGUGCAAUCUUGCAAUGUACUCAUGUAGCUGAAGGACAUAGUAAAGCAGUUCUGACUAUAUGUGCAACUUCAGAUUUACUUUUCAGUGGUUCAAAAGAUCGAACUGUAAAAGUAUGGGACUUAGGAACGGGAAUUGAAAAUCUUACAUUAAGUGGUCAUCCAAAUAACGUCGUUGCAGUGAAAUAUUCACCAAUUCAUAAUUUAUUAUUCAGUGUUUCUUCUGCUUAUGUAAAGGUCUGGGAUUUACGAACUGGCAAUAAUUGUGUGAAAACUUUAUUUUCCUCUGGUCAAGUUCAAAGUGGACCAAUUGCAUUAUCAACUCCAUCUAGAAUGCUUCAAGUUCCUGUUGGUGAAACAACUAUCAAUGAUCUGGUUCUCAGUAUAGAUGAACAAGAAUUAUAUACUGCAUCUAGUGAUAAAGUCAGAGUAUGGGAUCUUCGUAAAUUAACACAUAUUGGAAGAUUAAGUACACCACAUACGGCAGCAGUAAUGUGCUUAGCUGUCGCAGAUGAUGGUAGAGUGAUAACAGGCAGCAAAGAUCAUUUAAUAUCUCUUGUUGAAGCAAAUGCAUCCGGACAAUCAGUCAGUUUAGCACCACCACAUUAUGAUGGCGUUCAAUGUUUAACAACAUGCGAUUUAACAUUAUUUUCUGGUUCAAGAGAUAUGUGUAUUAAACGAUGGGAUCUAAGUAGAAUGGAACUAGUACAGUCAUUGAAUAAUGCUCAUAAAGAUUGGAUCUUGGGUUUAUGUAUGAUUAAUAAUGGAUCUAUAAUGAUAUCAGGAUGCCGAGGAGGAGUUUUAAAGGCAUGGUCUAUACCAAAGGAUCAAGCAGAAUGUAUUCCAAUAGGAGAAGUUAAAGCACAUAGUACUGCUAUCAAUGCUGUAAUAACUAAUCAGCAACAUGUUUUUACUGCAAGCAACUCUGGAGAGGUGAAGCUGUGGCGUAUUCCUGAUUCCUCCUUUUCCAUGUCUAUUUCCACAGUUUCCCUUUAACUUAUUUUUUUAUUUUGUUGCAUAAUAUUUUUUUGCAUUUAUAAAUUGUUAAUGUGGUAAUGUGCAUGCUUGUCCAAACACAUUUUGCUAUUUUUUAAAAAUGUGCGGACAUGUUUAUUAUAAACACAUGCCAUUAAUUUCAUUGGCUAAUAUUUAUACAUUUAUAGUAUUUUCGAAAUAAUGUUCAAUAUAAUGAAAGGAUAUGAAAUUAUGAAAUCAUAAUAACUUUAUUUUUUGCUUUAAAUGCUUUGAUAUGUGAUUAUAUAUUCGAAUGUAAUUCAAUGCGCCUUAAAUUUCGAAUUAUUUAUUGAUGUUAUUAUACAUUAGAUUUAUUGAGUAUAAUAAUAAUUUUUUUUUAAGAUUCAUAUUUCUUGAUUAAUCCGCAUUUGUAUUUAUCAAAGCUAUGUACCAGUAUUGCUUUUUGAAAAUGUUUGUGCAAAUUUUUAGUGAAAAUUUAUCACUAAUAGCGUGAGUGCUGUUAUGAAUGUAUUCUAUGUAAAACAUUUGAAUGAAUGUAGUAAAAAAUAAUACUUUGUUAUAAUCAUUAACUUGUAAGUUGAUGAAUAUAAAAAUUUAAUUUAAUUUUUUAUUACUUUGCUUCUAUGUUGUUUACACUCCAAUUUGGUGCUUUGCAUGGUCACCAACGUGAAGUGACGGAACGGUGAGGCUAUGGAGCUACUAUAAGAGAGAUGCAAGAACUUUCCAGAGAAGCAACUCAUUAAAAAGCUAAUAUAUACACUUAUUGAAAGUGUUAUAUUUAUUUUGUAUAAUACAAAAAACUACAUGUUUU